GCGGAGCCUGGAAUGGGGGCUGCUCAACUGUAGGAAGCUGAGACGGACUCUGGUAGGAGGGUGGGGAGGCUGCAGUCACUUCAGGAGUACGCAGCACACAGUGAGAGGGUCCCUGUUUUCAGAGGAUCUCGGCCAACUGGUGGCAGAGCUUCUGCCUCUCCCUCACCACGAGGACCCCGCGCCUCCUCCAACAGCCGCGGUGGCGGCGGCUGCAGAGCCUCGCCCACUCCAAUCCCCACCCUCUCCAUCCUUAGCCAUUAAAGAACAGCGGCGCCUGGCACGUUCCUAGAGGAUCCCGGACGCAGAAGAGGGAAGGAAGCAGGCGCAGGGGGACGAGAAAGGCAGAAUGCGCCCCCCGGGAGCAGCCUCGGCGCCCAAGGUCUGAGGCCGAAGUCCCAGUUCGCCAUUGUGAGCUGCCGCGGGGGAGCCCGCCAGCGCAACGGUCCCCCGGGGUCCCUGCCCGCGCCGCGAUGGGGCACCUGCCCAAGAGUGCGAGCGGCGGCCGCCUCCUCCUGCCUCUGCUCUGGUUCUUUGUGCUGCUCAAGGAUGCUACAACUUUCCACGUAACCGUCCAAGAUGAUAAUAACAUCAUUGUCUCUUUGGAAGCUUCAGAUGUUAUGAGUCCAUCAUCUGUAUAUGUUGUGAAGAUAACUGGUGAAUCCAAAAAUUACUUCUUUGAAUUUCAAGAAUUCAACAGCACUUUGCCUCCUCCUGUUAUCUUUAAGGCCAAUUAUCAUGGACUUUAUUACAUAAUCACUCUGGUCGUGGUAAAUGGAAAUGUGGUGACCAAGCCAUCCAGAUCAAUCACUGUUUUAACAAAACCUCUACCUGUAACCAGUGUUUCAAUAUAUGAUUACAAACCUUCUCCUGAAACAGGAGUGCUGUUUGAGAUUCAUUACCCUGAAAAAUAUAAUGUUUUCACAAGAGUGAACAUAAGCUACUGGGAAGGCAAAGACUUCCGGACAAUGCUCUAUAAAGAUUUUUUUAAGGGAAAAACAGUAUUCAAUCACUGGCUACCAGGAAUAUGUUAUAAUAAUAUCACCUUUCAGCUGGUAUCUGAGGCAACUUUUAACAAAAGUACUCUUGUGGAAUAUAGUGGUGUCAGUCAUGAACCGAAACAGCAUAGAACUGCCCCUUAUCCACCCCGAAAUAUUUCAGUUCGUAUUGUGAACUUAAACAAAAACAAUUGGGAAGAACAGAGUGGCAGUUUCCCAGAGGAAUCAUUCAUGAGAUCACAAGAUUCAAUGGGAAAAGACAAACUCUUCCAUUUUACUGAUGAAAUUCCUGAAAUACCCUCCGGCAACAUUUCUUCUGGUUGGCCUGAUUUUAACAGUAGUGACUUCGAAACUACAUCUCAGCCAUAUUGGUGGGACAGUGCAUCUGCAACCCCUGAAAGUGAAGAUGAAUUUGUCAGCGUACUUCCCAUGAAAUACGAAAAUAAUAACACACUCAGUGAGACUGAGAAAUCCACACCAUCCUCUUUCACUUUUUCCCCUGUUCAAAUGAUAUUGAGCUGGUUACCACCAAAGCCACCCACUGCCUUUGAUGGCUUCCACAUUUACAUAGAAAGAGAAGAAAACUUUACUGACUAUUUGACAGUGGGUGAAGAAGCACAUGAAUUUAUUGCUGAACUCAAGGAGCCUGGGAAAUAUAAAUUAUCUGUGACAACCUUUAGUUCCUCAGGAUCUUGUGAAACUCGAAAAAGUCAGUCAGCAAAGUCACUCAGCUUUUAUAUCAGUCCUGCAGGAGAGUGGAUUGAAGAAUUAACUGAGAAGCCCCAGCACGUGACUGUCCAUAUUCUAAGCUCAACCACUGCCUUGAUGUCCUGGACAUCUUCCCUAGAGAACUACAACAGCACAAUUGUGUCUGUGGUGUCGCUGACCUGUCAGAAACAAAAGGAGAGCCAGAGACUUGAAAAGCAGUACUGCACUCAGGUGAACUCAAGCAAACCUAUUAUUGAAAAUCUGGUUCCUGGUGCCCAGUACCAGGUUGUGAUAUACCUAAGAAAAGGCCCUUUGAUUGGACCACCUUCAGAUCCUGUGACAUUUGCCAUUGUUCCCACCGGAAUAAAGGAUUUAAUGCUCUAUCCCUUGGGCCCUACAGCAGUGGUUCUGAGCUGGAACAGACCUUACUUAGGAGUGUUCCGAAAAUAUAUAGUUGAAAUGUUUUAUUUCAACCCUGCAACGAUGACAUCAGAGUGGACAACCUACUAUGAAAUAGCAGCGACUGUCUCCCUAACUGCAUCAGUGAGAAUAGCUAAUCUGUUGCCAGCAUGGUACUACAACUUCCGUGUUACCAUGGUGACAUGGGGAGACCCAGAAUUGAGCUGCUGUGACAGUUCCACCAUAAGCUUCAUAACAGCCCCAGUGGCUCCAGAAAUCACUUCUGUGGAAUAUUUUAACAGUCUGUUAUACAUCAGUUGGACAUAUGGGGAUGAUACAACUGACCUCUCCCAUUCUAGAAUGCUACACUGGAUGGUUGUGGCAGAAGGAAGGAAGAAAAUUAAAAAGAGUGUAACAAGAAAUGUCAUGACAGCAAUUCUCAGUCUGCCUGCAGGAGACAUCUAUAACCUCUCAGUAACUGCUUGCACCGAAAGAGGAAGUAAUACCUCCACGCUCCACCUUGUCAAGCUAGAACCAGCUCCUCCAAAAUCGCUUUUUGCAGUGAAUAAAACCCAGACUUCUGUCACUUUGCUGUGGGUGGAAGAAGGUGUAGCUGAUUUCUUCCAAGUCUUCUGUCAACAAGUUGGCGCCAAACAGGAAACCAAACUUCAGGAACCAAUUUCUGUUUCUUCUCACGUGGUGACCAUCUCCAGCCUCCUUCCUGCCACAGCCUAUAACUGCAGUGUCACCAGCUUUAGCCACGACAGCCCCAGCAUACCUACAUUCAUAGCCGUCUCAACAAUGGUUACAGAGAUGAAUCCCAAUGUGGUAGUAAUCUCAGUGCUGGCCAUCCUUAGCACACUUUUAAUUGGACUGCUGCUUGUGACCCUUGUUAUUCUUAGGAAAAAGCAUCUACAGAUGGCUAGGGAAUGUGGAGCUGGCACAUUUGUCAAUUUUGCAUCAUUAGAGAGGGAUGGCAAGCUUCCUUACAACUGGCGUAGGAGUAUAUUUGCUUUCUUAACCCUGCUACCCUCAUGUCUUUGGACUGAUUAUCUUUUGGCAUUUUAUAUUAAUCCUUGGAGUAAAAACGGCUUAAAGAAGAGGAAACUGACUAACCCGGUUCAGCUGGAUGACUUUGAUGCCUACAUCAAGGAUAUGGCCAAAGACUCUGACUAUAAAUUUUCUCUUCAAUUUGAGGAGUUGAAAUUGAUAGGGCUGGAUAUUCCACACUUUGCUGCAGAUCUUCCGCUGAACCGAUGUAAAAACCGUUACACAAAUAUCCUACCAUAUGAUUUUAGCCGGGUAAGAUUAAUCUCCAUGAAUGAAGAGGAAGGUGCAGACUACAUCAAUGCCAACUAUAUUCCUGGAUACAACUCACCACAGGAGUAUAUUGCCACACAGGGGCCACUGCCAGAAACCAGAAAUGACUUUUGGAAGAUGGUCCUACAACAGAAGUCUCAGAUUAUUGUCAUGCUCACACAGUGUAAUGAGAAAAGGAGGGUGAAAUGUGAUCAUUACUGGCCUUUCACAGAAGAACCCAUUGCUUAUGGGGACAUCACUGUGGAGAUGGUCUCAGAGGAGGAGCAGGAUGACUGGGCCUGUAGACAUUUUCGGAUCAGCUAUGCUGAUGAGAUGCAGGAUGUCAUGCAUUUUAACUACACUGCCUGGCCUGAUCAUGGCGUGCCCACAGCAAAUGCUGCAGAAAGCAUCCUGCAGUUUGUAUACAUGGUUCGACAACAAGCUACCAAAAGCAAAGGCCCUAUGAUCAUACACUGCAGUGCUGGUGUGGGGCGGACAGGAACAUUCAUUGCCCUGGACAGGCUCUUGCAGCACAUUCGGGAUCAUGAGUUUGUAGACAUCUUAGGGCUGGUGUCAGAAAUGAGGUCAUACCGGAUGUCUAUGGUACAGACAGAGGAACAAUACAUUUUUAUCCACCAGUGUGUACAGCUGAUGUGGAUGAAGAAGAAGCAGCAGUUCUGCAUCAGUGAUGUCAUAUAUGAGAAUGUCAGCAAGUCCUAGUUCAGAAUUCGGAGCAGAGAGGACAUGAUGUGCGCCCAUCCUCCCUUGCUUCUGGAUUUUUUGGGGGAGCUUGCUAGCCAUUUUGCUAACAAGAGCUUCCACUUUGUAAUGUGUGUCCAAGGAGAUAAUUUAUCUCAGAAGCACCGGGAAGACUUAGCCUUAAAGAGCCUACAGUGUCUUUUGGACUCUUUCACUUCUGGACAUUUAAUAAUGGACCAAAUUCAAUCAAACACUACAAAGGUCAAGAUGCUCUACAAAGGGCAGGAAGUGCAGCACUUCCCAAGAAUUUAGUUCGCCCUUUGCUGGUUGGGCUGAGUUGGUUUUUUGUUUGUUUUGUUUUUAGUGCAAUAAUUUUUGUAUGUGUGUGAUUUUUAUCAUAAGUAGAAUUGUUUUCUGCCCACACCAUUGAUCUAACCCACAGCCCAGGAAGGAAUAGGCAGUGUUAAUAUCAAACUAUACCUCAUAGUUUAGUUUAAAAAAAAAAAAGAGGAGUGGCCACACAUGCAGAAAUGGUAAUUCUUCUUCAAGCAUAUAGAACCAGCAAUAUCUACAUUCCACUAUUAAGUGCUGGAUCAGGAGCAGGGAGUGGAGACCAGGGGAGAGAAAUGUUCUAUCCACAGAUCAACUGUGUAUCUUUUUCCUAUUCCAAAUAUAAAAUCUGUAAUUCAACUUUAGAGUAGAAAAAAAAAAUUAAGUCUUACUUGUUCUAGUUCUCAAUGGUUUUCUAUCAUCUUAUUAACAUUUGAGUGUUUUCUUGGACUAAUGCCGCUGUCCAGGUUCUUUUGUUGAUAAACGAGGUAUCUGGUUCAGAAAAGUUUGAAGUCUGGCUCUUUAGAUUCCAUUACUGUCUGAGCAAUCUUGGUGCCUAGACUUUGCAUUCCUUUUUCUGUUUAUACAUGUGGGAGCUACUUCUUUGAGAACUAUAGGCCGUGGAAACGCACUUUCCUUCUUUCAAAGAGCUGGGAAUUUAUAUGAAGUUACAGCAAUGAAUUGCAGCAUGCUAGGACAAUUAUUUGGCUACAGUUUUUGUAAUAUUGUCAAGCGUCUCUAUAGAUUCCAACAGAGAUUUCUUUUUGUUUUCUUUUUGGUUGUCAGCUUCAUUUUAACCAGUGUAAGUAGUAACAUUUUAUUCUUUGGAUUUUGUAUAAUUACAGUACAUAAUUGUGUAUUGUGACAUGAAUGCUGUCUAAAUGGACAUUGAUGGCACCAAGAAGCCUGGUACUUUGUGUCACUUCCUUUGAAAAGAGGUGAUGGUAUGGGUGUAAAGGAAUACGUUUUGAGUUGAAAAUAAACACAAGCUGGCUGCUUCACUGUGGCAAUAUGGUUGCCACAGAACCUUCCUCUGAGAGCUUCCAGGAGACUUUGCUUCUGCUGUGUAUCUGAUCAUGGCCCCUUGCCCCAGCUUCCUUCCAUUCCUCAUUCUCUUCUUGAGGCCAUGUAUAUAGGAUCAGUUUAAUAUUUCAACAGUGACCUUAGUGAAGGUGAAGGAUGCCAACUGAACAGCUCUGCACCCCACAGUCUCUUGUCACUGAGAAGGCCUGGCCACAACAGACCUUGGCACCAUCACUUGCAUGGCCGGGCCAACAAGUCUCAGUUUCACCUUGCAGGGUGAGUGGCAGAAGAUGUCCAUACCCUACAGGUUAACAGCUUGGACUCCUCAGGAAUUGUCCCUUUUUACUCACUGCCCUUCCUCCCUGUCUUACCAUCCUGCUGCCAUCCCCCUCCUCUUCUCACCCUCAUCCCCAUUAUUUUCCUUCUUGGAUAUUUUAAUAACCUAUCAUUCCAUUCUUAGGAAUAAACAUGGCUUUCAAAAGGUGGCAAAUGAAUGUGUGACAUUCUUAGACUUUCACACAUUGAUAGGUGAGGAGUGAGGUGUGCAAUACUGGAAGAGCCAGUGAGAUGUACAGGUAACUGGGAAUGCAUUUCAGAAGCUUACAGGAUUUUUGCCAACUGGAACAUCACUUCCCAUGAAACUUAAAGCACUUCACAUAAAUAUUUCAUGUUUUUUUCCCUUGAGUGCCCCAUCAAGGUAGGGAUCAAAGAGUGCCAAAUCCAUUUUCCCAAAAGAACAGUUAAAGUGUCCAGAGUU